ACUUCGAGAAGGGCGAGCUGCAAAAUUCACACGCAGGAAGGCAGGGGGCAGAGCUGCAGAGAGAGCGGAUAAAGAGACUUGUUAAUCACACUGUAUACAGCAGGACUCGCUAAGGAGAAGCACUCGGAUUUGGAGUCUGCCGCGGUGCCAAAAGAAACCUUCCUACCAGCGAACUACGGCUUGACGGUUGAACGAUUGUGACCCGCAUUUCGCGCUCGCUGACAGUUCGAAUACCACGUUGGCGAGCUUCUCAUAACGCUGCGCUAAACAGAGGGUCACGCACCCCCUCGAUACCCUUGUCCGCCGAGGUCUGGAGGCAAGAAGAGUGUAGGUCGCGACCAUGGUCGCUUCCGACGGGAAACGGUCGUCGAAGGCAGGCACGGCGCCAGCAGCACCAACAAAUGGCCAGGGCGCAACCCCCGCUCCCUCGUCGUACGACUUUCUAUAUCAGGCGUUUGGGAAGCGACGGGAUACUCGACCUGUUGGGGCAGCAGCUGCAGCGUCCUUGCAGCGGUUCCAGAUUUCCAACCCUGUGCCCCAGCAUGACAUUUUGCACGAGAAGCGGAAGUCCGCGAAGCCGAGAGUGUUUCGUGUAGGCGGCAACUCGUCGUCAAGGUCGGGGCAGUCUGUCGUAGCUGCGGCGGCUGCGGCGGCGGCUGCUGAAGGGAGCGGUAAUGGGUAUCCAGCGCUUACGGGUGACCCGGAUGUCGAUGCUGCUCUGCAGGCGUUUGGGGCGUUCGACCCUCCGUCGGAUCUGAAUCAUAAACCCAGAAGUGGCAAACCUCUAUCAGUGACGACAAAUCGAUAUUCUCACCCUGCCGCACAACCGGCAUCGUCAUCUUCCUCUUCAGCCUCCUUAGACCGUCGGGUCCGCCCUCCUGCCCAAGAGCCUCCGCCAAACACAAAACACAGCUAUUCCGCACCGAAAGUACGCCGGAGUACGACGGCAUCCAUGAUAUCCAGCUCCAGUGCCAAUGGCGCAAACGAUGAGGAACUGGCAGCGUUGGAGCAGUCAUUCUCGGCACGCUUCGGGUCCAUUGGGCUACCGGGCGCCAACAAAACACCUGCGUUGAAACGGCGGCAGCCAAAGACACGUCCUUCGUUGGCUUCCAUGGCGUCAUUGCAGGAUUUGCGGUCGAAAUACCAGGAGGAACAGGCGGAAGCAUUGGCGACACAACAAUCACGGCGGAGGGCUGCGGAGACUGCUCAGAGCUUUGAGAAUAUGCAUAAACUGGCCGAGAUUGAGUUUUUCUUUCUUGGAAAGGAAUUAACUGGUAAGCGGGAAAACAGGACGCUUCUUCGAGACGACGUCGUCUACAAAGUCACCCUCAGCUCUAUCGAAUCACGGAAAGAGCCACGACGGAUUUUCCUCCUUAGCGAUAUGCUAAUAUACGGAACACCCAUCAAAGGCGCCAAAACGCACAGCCUCAAAGACGCCUACUCCCGCCAAACCGUCAUGCCCCUCACCGACAUCCAAAUCUCCCCCGUCGACGACCAAGCCGGCCCCCUAGUCGACAUCGAAACCUCCACGCAAUACCUCCAAGUCGCUUUCGCAUCCCCAGACCAGCGCGACAGCUGGGUGGCCGCCGUCCGCAGCGCCGCGCGGUCUAGACGGGCGUAUGUGGUCGCACAGCGGAAACGGAGAUCUUCGACGGCGUCGUCGCAUGGCGGAGGGAACUCCUUGACGGAGUGGGGGUUUCGGAGGUUGUGGCAGGGGAUUGAUUUGGCUAUUUCGCCGGGGAAUAGACGGGGGACCGUUGUGCCGCGGAAGGCGAGCGUGGCGGCUGAGGACGAGGGCGAUGGUGGGGGGUGGAUUCCGGAUGAGGAGGCUACUGUGUGCAUGAUAUGCCAAAACACCAAGUUCUCGCUGCUCACGCGAAAGCAUCAUUGCAGGCAAUGCGGCCGAGUAAUAUGCUGGAAAUGUUCGCGCACGGAAAGCAACGUCCGACUAUGCACCGAAUGCCACGAGGACAACGACGGCGUAUAAGAUGAAAAGCAAAACAGAACCGUCUUUCUUCCCGUCCUUAUUGUAUAUAAAGUAGUUUUCUUUCAAAGCUAGUGUGGGGUCCCAUCAAGCGUUCCUAUUGUAUUUAAAAACCCCAGAAACCUUCUCCCUCAGUCUUUGUCUUUCUUGGAGCGGGUUAACCGCUAUACAUAUAUAUAUAUAUAUAUAUGUGAAUAUUGAGCCUCGGGAACGGGAGUUAGACGCGAGAAGCCCUAUUUCCGGGUGUGGUUGAAGGCGGAACUUGUGGUGGGCAUGCGAAAGCAAGCGGGAUGUGCGUGUGGGAAAAAAGUGGCAGUCCGUGCGGGGUGUUAUGGAAUGUUGCUCACUGUUUCCUACCGCUGUGUCAUACGGAGAUUCCAGGCACGUG